AUGAUUACCUUGUCACAGGGUCUCCUGAAGAUAAAUCUAAUUUCAACAUAUCCAGGUGAGGACACGUUCGAGCUGCACUCGGUGGAACUGGAGCUGGAGGCUGUGGAGAAGCAGAUCCGCGACCUACAGGUGAAGCAGGCCGAGCUGCGGGAGCGGAAAGCAGCGCUGGAAGCCCCCCGGUCUCAGGUAAACUCCCGGCAUUUAAUUACUACUCCCUCCACCUCUACUCCGUGUGUUUCUUUGUCCAGGCCCAACGCACCCAGGAAGUGGCCUGGCCAGGGGCAGUUCACUCCGGCGCCGGGGCACCGCGGAUCCUGGGUGCAGCAGCGGAGGACACGUGCCAGCCCCCGGUCGAGGACCUCUCCCCCUCCACCACCGCCGGUCUUCGAGAUCCCCACCCGGAACCGCUUCGCCCCCCUUCGUGAGACGGACCGCGACACUGUGAUCAUCGGAGACUCCAUCGUCCGCCACGUCCGUGCUACUGUGGCUAAAGGUAAGGCUCGCACUCACUGCUUACCUGGUGCCCGUGUUCUUGAUGUCGCUGCACAGGUACCUAGGGUCGUGAGCAGAAACACCGGAGCUGUGGUUCUUCACGUCGGCUCGAACGACACCAGCCUGAGGCAGUCGGAGAUCCUGAAGAGAGACUUCAAGACCCUGGUGGAGACGGUUCGCAGCACAGCGCCCACGGCGAGGAUCAUCCUGUCCGGGCCACUUCCAACGUACCAGCGAGGAAUUGAAAGCUUCAGUAGACUUUUUGCUUUUAAUGAAUGGCUUCAGUCAUGGUGUCAGGCUCAGAAUCUACUCCUUAUUGAUAAUUGGAAUGUUUUCUGGGAGCGUCCUAGGCUGUUCCGCGCUGACGGCCUGCACCCCAGCAGAGUUGGAGCGGAGAUCCUCUCGGACCACAUCUCCAGGGCGCUGCACACCUUCUGACUGGUAAACUACGCCUUAAAUUUAAAUUUCAAUAGCCAUCCUUCACCUCAACACAUCGAUACAAAUGCACACAUACCUCUCCCCAUAGAAACUGUGUCUGUUCCCCGAGCAGUGAGAUUAAAAAGUAAUUAUGUAAGACGUUCUUGAAAUAAUCUUACUGUAAUUAGACUAGAAAAAUGCCAAAGAAACAAACAAAAACAGUUCCUAAAAUUUGGGCUUCUGAACAUUAGAUCACUUACACCCAAAGCACUUAUCGUAAAUGAAAUAAUCUCAGACAAUAGCCUUACUGUAUUCUGCCUCACCGAAACCUGGAUUAAACCAAAUGACUACAUCGGUCUAAAUGAGUCUACACCAUCAGGUUAUAUCUAUAAGCACGAGCCUCGUCAGACUGGUCGUGGAGGUGGUGUCGCCACUAUCUUUAGUGAUUGCCUUACGGUUACCCAGAGAACACAGCAUAGAUUUAAGUCUUUUGAAGUGCUUGUCCUUAAUAUUACACUAUCGCACACGCACACGGAAAAAUCCCUGAUGUCUCUUGCGCUAGCGACCGUGUAUAGACCACCAGGGCCCUACACCGAUUUUCUUAGAGAAUUCACAGAUUUUCUUUCUGACAUAUUGGUUAACUUUGAUAAAGCAUUAAUUGUAGGAGAUUUUAACAUUCAUGUUGACGACACAAAUGAUGCGCUAGGACUCACAUUCAUGGACUUACUAAACUCACUUGGGCUUAAACAAAACGUCACUAGAGCAACUCACCAUCGUAAUCAUACACUAGAUUUAAUAAUAUCACACAGAAUAGAUGUCACUGAUAUAGAUAUCAUUCCUCAAAGUGAUGAUAUCACAGACAAUUAUCUCAUAAUGUACACACUACCUGUAGAACAGGCUAACUGUGUCUCACCACGUUAUCGACUCGGUAGAACUAUUAUUCCGACCACUAAAGACAGAUUCACAAAUAACCUGCCUGAUCUGUCUGGACUUCUUACUGCACCCUUAAACACAGACGAUCUAGAUGAAAUUACUAACAGCAUAGGCGCUAUAUUCACUAGCACAUUAGACACUGUUGCCCCAAUCAGAUUACAGAAGGUUAGAGAUAAAACGCUUGCACCGUGGUAUAAUAGUCAUACCCACACCCUCAAGAGAGAGACCCGUAACCUCGAGCGAAAGUGGAGAAAAACUAAAUUGGAGGUUUUUAGAAUUGCGUAUAAGGAAAGUAUGUCCAGCUAUAGACAGGCUCUAAAAGCUGCCAGGGUCGAACACCUGAGCAAACUCAUAGAAAAUAACCAGAACAAUCCCAGGUUUUUAUUUAGCACAGUGGCUAGAUUAACAAAAAACCAAAAAUCUGAACACACUGUUUCAUCACAGUUCAGUAGUGACGAUUUUAUGAGAUUCUUCACUGAUAAAAUCGGAAGUAUCAGGAAUAAAAUAGGUGACGCUCAACAUAUAAGAGCAAUUAGCGUCCCGGUCUCACCUAAGGUUCUAAACACACAACUACAUUGCUUUACAAGUACAGGUCAGGAAGAGUUAGUUAAACUUAUUACUACAGCUAAAUCAACAACUUGUUCACUAGACCCCAUUCCAACUAAACUACUGAAAGAAGUGUUAUAUAAAGCCGGUGAGCCUCUCCUUAAUAUCAUUAACUCCUCGUUAUCUUUAGGUUACGUCCCUAAAUCCUUCAAGUUGGCAGUUAUUAGGCCACUCAUUAAGAAACCUAAUUUAGAUCCUAAUGAACUUUCAAAUUACAGACCUAUUUCACACCUUCCGUUUAUGUCUAAAAUACUAGAAAAGGUUGUGUCUGUUCAACUGAGCUCCUUCUUACAGGAGAACAAUAUCCUCGAAGAGUUUCAGUCAGGUUUCAGGCCCCAUCAUAGCACAGAAACUGCUCUUGUUAAAGUUACAAAUGACUUGUUCUUAGCUUCGGACAAAGACUGUAUGUCACUAUUAGUUCUACUUGACCUUAGUGCUGCAUUCGACACUAUAGAUCACAACAUUCUCCUAGAUCGCUUACAAAAUUACACAGGUAUUCAUGGACAGGUUUUAAGUUGGUUUAGAUCCUAUCUGUCUGAUCGAUACCAUUUUGUAGAACUAGAUGGUGAACCCUCCAGUUUACUACCAGUUAACCAUGGGGUCCCUCAAGGAUCAGUUCUAGGACCCCUGCUUUUCUCGAUAUACAUGUUUCCAUUAGGGAACAUUAUUAGAAGACAUGGGAUUCGUUUCCAUUGUUAUGCUGACGACACACAGUUAUACAUCUCAUCAAAACCAGAUGAAAUAACUAAAUUGUCCAAAUUAACUCAAUGCCUUAGAGAGAUAAAAGACUGGAUGAGCUGUAAUUUUCUGUUGUUAAACUCUGAUAAGACAGAAAUACUAAUUAUAGGCCCAAAAACCAGUACACAGAAACUCUCACAACUUAAUUUCCAAUUAGAGGGAUGUACUGUUACUAGUAGCUCGACAGUGAAAGACCUGGGUGUUAUAUUAGACAGCAACUUGUCUUUUGAAAAUCAUGUCGCCCAAACCACAAAAACAGCCUUCUUUCACCUUAGAAAUAUUGCCAAGCUGAGAAACAUCCUGUCUGUAUCUGAUGCUGAGAAGCUAGUUCACGCUUUCAUGACCUCUAGACUGGACUAUUGCAAUGCAUUACUAGGUGGUUGUCCUGCAUCUUUAAUAAAUAGGCUACAGUUAGUCCAAAAUGCAGCUGCCAGAGUUCUCACUAGGACAAGAAAGUAUGACCAUAUAACCCCAAUUUUAUCAUCUCUACACUGGCUACCUGUUAAGUUUAGAAUUGAUUACAAACUGCUGCUACUUACAGUACGUACAAGGCUCUUAAUGGUUUAGCUCCCAUGUAUCUAACUAGUCUUCUAACACGUUACAAUCCUUCACGCUCUCUGAGAUCACAAAACUCAGGACUUCUGGUAGUUCCCAGAAUAUCUAAGUCUACUAAAGGCGGAAGAGCGUUCUCUUAUUUAGCUCCCAAACUCUGGAAUAGUCUUCCUGAUAGUGUUCGGGGCUCAGACACACUUUCACAGUUUAAAUGUAGAUUAAAAACUCAUCUCUUUAGUCAGGCGUACACAUAAUACAUCCCAUAAUAUUGUGCACUAUUACACUAGACUUGCACAUUCUUAUGAACAGCAGAUAUGUUAAUCCCUCUGCACUGCUCUUCUCUUCUCUUUUUCUACCCAUGCUGAGACACCCAUGCUAUGAUCGUCUUCCGUGCAAUGAAAUUUUUGGACCUCCACUGAGACAAGGCUGACUCUGUGAGAAUCCUGAGACAUCUACAGAUCUACCGGCUCCAGUUGGACUCUGUGAUACUUGUAUAUUUGUAACCACACCAUCUAGUGUCACCCAUAUGAGGAUGGGUUCCCCUUGAGUCUGGUUCCUCUCAAGGUUUCUUCCUUUGCCAAUCUAAGGGAGUUUUUCCUUGCCACUGCUGCCUGAGCCUCCUCAGACUUGCUCAUUGGGGACAAAUACAUAUACACACAUACAUACAUACAUACACACUGUGAACUAUAUAUAUCUUGAAUUUUUAUUGUAUUAAUUCUUUAUAUUACUCCUUAUGUUUAUCUUUUGUUCUGUGUUUAUGUUCUGUAAAGCUGCUUUGUGACAAUGUCCAUUGUAAAAAGCGCUAUACAAAUGAAGUUGAAUUGAAUUGAAUUGAAUUACAUUUAUGGCAUUUGUCAGA